AUGAUUCAACAAGUUUGGGUGUUUAGUAACACAUUUGGCAACAAGGUUUGUAGGUCUGAAAUACAGAACUUGCCAAGGCAGAAAUCUCACCAUUUUGGAAGAUUUGUUAUGUGUUUAUUAGAUGUUAGAAGGAGUAACUGGCUAACUACUUUAAUGCAAUCAGGGUAUGGUCGUUCUCUAUUUGAGUCCCUCCUUCCGCUGAUUUUGGGGCAUGAUAUUAGUGGUGAAAUUGCAGCAAUUGGGCAAGAAUUUUUUAGGGCACUUCAUCCAACAUCUAUGAGAGGCACUUACACCGAUUAUGCCAUUCUUGCAGAAGAUCAACUUACCCCAAAACCAUCAACAAUCUCACACGUGACACGUGGAUGCAAGUGCAAUUCCUUUUGCUGCCCUAACAGCAUGAUGGUAUUAGUGGUGGGUGGAGGAGGAGCUGUAGGUUACUCUGCAGUUCAACUAGCUGUUGUAGCAGGCUGUGCGAUUUUAGCUACAUGUGAAAGUGAAAGCAUAGAUCGCCUCUUGGCAGCUGGUGCUGAACAUGCACUCGACUAUACCUUUGAGGAUCUGGAAGUAAGAUUGAAAGGAAAGUACAAUGUUGUUUUAGACCCGAUUGGUAUACAACAAACGGAACAAUUAUGA